GGAAUGGAGGGGGAGAUGGUGGAGGAAAUGGUGGAGGGGGAAAGGGGGAGGGGGGGAUGGCGGGGGAGGAGAAGGAGGAGGCGGGGAGGGAGGGGGGGGAGAUGGGGGCGGUGGGGAUGGAGGAGGGGGGGAUGGAGGAGGAGGAGAUGGAGGGGGCGAAGGGGGAGGCGGAGAUGGUGGGGGGGGAGGAGGAGGGGAUGGUGGUGGAGACGGUGGAGGGGAGGGGGGCGGGGGGGACGGCGGUGGAGGAGGAGGAGGAGGCAAGGGAGGGGGGAAGGGUGGGGGUGAGGAGCGCUUCUUGCUUGAGGGGCGCUU